CCCAACACGACUCUUCGACGCUAUUUGCGUGAGGCAAUGUAUCGGUCUCGUCCCUGUAUCAGGCCAGUUAGGCGUUUUCGGCUACCGUGGAGGGUUCAUUGAGACAGGGUUUAAAAAGAGUGUAGAUCCCGGCAGAUCUACACGAUCCAAAUCAGACCCCGAAGCAGUAGCACCGACUUUCCUUUUCCCCCCAACAUGCGUGGGACUUUCAUUCUUUCUCUGCUUUCUGCGGUGCUGGGCGCCUCAGCUGGUCUGACCACUUCUAACCUUGAAACCCACGUCGAUGUGCUGGCACUCGACAGUGCUUUCAACCCCGUCAAGGAAUCCUACUGGACUGGCUAUCCUCACCAUCGUCGCACUCCAUUCGCGGUGUCUCCGGACGGCAAGUCUGCCUAUAUUGCGUAUCUGGAUUCGAGCGAGACCGAUGUCCAUGUUCAGGAGUUGGACCCUACAACUUUCGAGGCUACGGGCACUACUGUUACCGUGACUGGCGGUAAAGAAGCCGGAGGUCUCGUUGCUCACAAUGAUGGUUUCGCCCUUCUGACCAACGAGGCCCUGCCUUCCGGUACCACCAAUGCGCCCCCCAGUGACACUCCCGUUCCCGUUUUGUACCGCUAUACCGAUGGGAAGCAAACCUGGAAGACCUGGCUGGGUGGCCCUGGAGUUCACGCUUCCGACGGUCUCUCGGCCUCUCCGGACCUGAACGGAGACCUCGUCUACUCAGAGAGCGAAGAGCUUUACGGUGCGUACUUCGUUGUCACGGAUUACUCUGGCGAUGCUUCUGGUCACUACGGUGACAGCAUCCAGUACGUGACCAAGGCCGGCGAGCUGGACACCAUUAGCGGUGCCUCCAGCUCCUGGGGAUGCAGCCACAACACCGGUAUUGCGUUCGAGGCUGCCGAUCAGGCUCCUUUCGCCAGUAUCUGCGCCGAGGACCAGGGCGCCAUCUGGCUGAACACCAAGGGCCAAGGCAUGACGAACGACGGCGUCAAGAUUUCCAACGAAAACACUACCAACGGCGCUUCUGGUGAGCCUAUGGGUGGUAUGUCCGGUAGCUACAGCGCGCUGGCUCGCUUCGCCGACACCACCAAGUACAUCUUCGCUUGGGUUUCUCGUGGCGCCAUUGACGUGACUGAGAACACCUGGAUGGGAGAUGGUUACACCCACGUCAACAACCGUACUAAUGGCCGCAACGUCGCCAUCUCCCUAUUCACGGAUAAAUACACCAAGGUCGGCGCUCAGGCUACCUCGGUGGUUGGCACUGAGGAUGGAGAUAGCCAGGUAAACUGGGUCACGAAGGGAUCCAACGAUUGCUCUAACGCCCACGCUGCUACCUUCGGCUCCAGCUCGGCCCUGGUUACCUGGGAAGAGAUCUCGAACCCGAUCUGUGAUUAUAUUGCCAUGGGUUGCCGUGGACAGUUUGCUGGCACGUUCUUCCAGGAGGUGAGCUCGGAUGGUAGCACCGUUGGCGAUGCUUUCACCAGCACUGAUGUCUAUGUUGCUGGUGAUAUGGUAACCAUGUCUGAUGGUCGCAUUUGUUGGCCAUAUGUUAGCAUGGAGUGGGAUCUGUCGCAGGCGGUUGGGUAUGGAACUCCUUCUGCGACUUAUAAGAAGAUGUCUUUUGCUUGCAUGAGCACUGGAGAUGCCACCAACACUACCACUGCCGCCGAGACUACAUCGACUGCUUCUGCUAAGACCACCUCCGCUGCCGUUGCUGAGACCUCUGUCGCCGCUGAGACUACUGCCGCUGCCGUUGUGGCCGUCACCGCUGCUGAAUCCAGCGCUACUUCUGAGAUCUCUGCUGCCGUUGAGACUACCAUUGCUGCCCAGACAACUGCCGCAGUCGUUGAGACUAUCACUGCUGCUCAAUCCACUUCUCUCCCCACCGAGCAAGCCGUCCAGGCCGGGACUACCUUUGCCACCCAGGCCCGUCAAUCCUCUGAGCCCAGCACCGUUGUGGCCACCCCCAGCAGCGUUGUGAGUGCCCAGGCCAUCCCUACCAGCAGUGCCCAGGAUACUCUGGACUUUAUCCGGACCGUGUGUAGAUUCUUGGUCGGCAGCAACUAAGCAUUGCGUAAUUCUGAGCUGUUACCCGGAUACUUGUGCUUGGCCAGGGGCUGUAGGUUAAUCGGUUUUCCAUGGCUUCGCUUCUUCUCAGAUUGCACCUUGGAUUGACAAGUUUCUUAGCCUAGAGUGUUUUCGUUGAACAAGAGUCACAAAAUUGUACACAUUGCAGGCACCCUGUAAAUAUCAUCCGAGCGUACAGGUGGAGUUCAAGGACUCAUUGAGUCAAUGCAAAGUUUUCCGACAGUAUACAGCCCAGUAAACCCAAUGAACCUACGGUAUCCUGCUGACCACC